AUGUUGGUUAAUUACCGCGGAGCUGUUGAUCAUCCCACCUUUGUGACUAUGCAGCCGCUGCCGUGUACAGCUCAGCAGGAAGCGCCUAGCUCUGCCUCCUUCUCUGCUAGUGUAUCUGCUCCUUACCCCAGGCCUCUGCCAGGAGUAGCUGCCAAAGAGCAUGCAUCGGCGAAUGCCAAUUUUCGCGACCCGCUAGAGAAUCCAUCCUAUAGAGAGCACCGACCGGACACCGCAUCGCGGGGCGCGCAUUGGGACUAUAUGGAGGGCUGCCAUCUGUCUCUCAUUUACUGUGUCUUCAAGAGCUACAUACUGCUGAUCUCGCUGUGUGCUCUCGCUGCUGCAUUCGCUUAUGUAUCCUGGCAAACUGCACGAGGGGCCCUGGCCCAGCGUGCCGUGGGACGAAGGUGUUCAGGGCCGCGGUGGCUGCCGCGACUUAUCCUUUGCUCUCUAGCUGCUGCAACAACUAUUACGGCUACAUGGCUACCUCAGAUCGUUUGCUGGCUGAGCCGACCUGGCACUCGACUAUCGCAUCAACGCCGGCGUCGCACACGCAAGGCUGCCUGCAUCCUGCUGCUGUACUGGCUAGGGGUCCUGUAUUCCCCUGAGGCAAUUGAACACCAUCGGCAUCCGCCCGAGACCGGGACGCCACUGUCUUCUCUGCCUCAGCCUCUGCCUCGCCGAGCCAGGCUGCAUAGGAUCUACCGUGGCUAUUUUGACAUCCAGCGCAUUUGUGGUGCACCCAGCUGUGCCGCACUGCUCCUAUUCACUCUUCGGCGUGCCCUCGGGGCACUUCCGAGCAUCAUCGUCACCGCCCUUGGAGGCUCACGGGAUUACUCCCAUACCGCCUCGAAGACUCAGAGCACUAUGCACGGUCCCAAGUCCGUGAGAGGUCGACCAUUUCCGUACCAUUAUGGACGGCACAUCAGCAAACUGUUGCUUGUGCUUUGUAUCAUGGUCCAAUUCACCAUGACCUCUGGGGUGAGGGUUUGCGCCUCUAGUACCCGCUACGCGCCAGGAGCGUCCUCGAUGCUUCCGUCAACUUCCCAGUCUGCAGGGGACGUUAAACACGGGGAUGGGGUAGCAAAUGUUUCAGGCAAAUGGCAACCAGCGCGCCAACGCGCCUACCGACGAGCACUCGCCCGGGCCCAGAAAAGCCCGGCGGGCGGGGUCAUGUACAGAGGUCACUGGCUAACUGGAAGAGCCGAUCUUAAGGAUCGAGCUGACACCAAGGUUUCCCACACAGCCACGGAGGCCGGACCCACCAUCGAUGUACUUAGCUGGAACUGUGGAGGCCUCACCUCGGCCAGGUAUGCCGAGCUAAAGCAGUGGCUCCACAUGCAGACCCCACAGGCACGUCCAGGGAUCACCAUCAUCCAGGAGACAUUCUGGAAAAGCUCCAGUGAGUGGGAGGACGAACUGUUCUCCUAUGUACACUCAGGCACGAACCGCAAUAAAGAGGGGGGCUUGUUGGUGAUAAUAUCCAAGCAAGUGUGCCAAUCGAACCUUAUCAGGUAUGAUGAAAUUCAGCCGGGCCGCCUUCUCCACGUCAGGCUGGCAACGGAGCCGUGUACCAACUUGCUAGCAGUCUACCAACACUCAUGGAGAAGUGACCUCAGCACUGCAUCAAAAGAGCUGCUGCUCUCUAAGCGUGCCACGGUUUGGCGCAGGAUUCAGCAAUUUGUGCAUGGGACCUCUGCCCGGUCCCCACUUGUGUUGGCAGGUGACUUCAACUGCCCUAUCACUGAAUGUCUGCCUUUUGUUGGCAAGGGCUACCGUCGCAACGUCCGUGCGGGGCACCGUGAACUUCCGCCCAUGGCAGCCGACUCGGAUGACUUUCUUGAUAUCUUGAAGAAUGAGGACUUGCAAGUACUCAAUAGCUUUGGCAAGUCGGGCCUGGCCUGCAGCACAUACAUCAACGCGUCGCAAAAGCCUGUCCAGGGAUCGCAGAUCGACUUUAUCAUCAUGCGCCGAUCUCAGGCGGAUGACGGCAGUCGCUGUGCCCAGCUUCUGCGAGACUUCCCGCUUCUCCCCAUUGAGGGCAUGUGGCAUUACCCACUGCGGGCACGCUUGCCGUGCCCUCGGUUGCCACGACACCAAAUGCGGGGACAACGCCUCACCCCUGACUCUGCUUCACUGGCCUUGAACCAACAGCCUGUCAAGGCACAGCAGUUCCAACAGUUGGUGGCGCAGGCACUUGACCAGUGUGUCGACAUGGAAGGAAUCAACACUGCACUUACUCAGUCCUGGUCCCAGGUCUUCGGGCCCGUUCGGCGACGGCGUACGGUCCAUGCCAAGGACUGUUGUCUUGCGAAUAUGUGGCACCAUAGAACCAGAGCCACACAAGCUAGGUCGUGGAUGGCCCGAUGGCAUCACAUCUCCCGAUACCAGGCCAUUCGCCGCACUAUUCAGCAGCGUGUGCGGGCUGCCAAACAAGCCAGGCUUCAGCAACAACUUCUUGAUGCUGAGAGUGCGAGCACCCGAGGAAACCCCGGAGCAUUGUAUCAAAUCAUUCGUCGCAUUGCACCGAAGCUCCGACGGAGGAAACUGCAGCUGAGAGACGAGCAUGGCCGACUGCUUGGCCCCCGAAAGGAGGCGGAACACAUACUUGCUCACUACUCGGAGGUAUUUGCUUCAGCUUCUGCCACGGAGGACUCCUGGCUGACGCAGCCAUUCCACUUCGAGGAAAUGGAAUUCCAGGCCGCUCUUUCUGAACUUCCGUUGCAUAAAGCCUUGCCUGCCCACUGUGCCCCUGCCCCACUCUGGCGCUGGUGUGCUGAUACAGUCAGCUCGUGCACGGCUCGGCUCUUGAAGUGUGGCUUGCAAGCAGGAUCGUUUAGGCAGCAGUGGCCACUUGAAUGGGCGAUCUCAUUUCUGUGUCUCUUACCCAAAACAGAUCAGAAACUUGACGCUGUGACCAAGCUCCGCCCCAUCUCCUUAUUGCAUCCUCUUGGUAAAUCUUUCGCUGGCAUGCUCAUGUACCGGGUUAGGGACACCAUCGCGCACAAGCUGGCGGACACUCCACAAUUUGCCUACUUAGUAGGGCGUUCAACAGCGGAUGCGGUUGAUCGGGCUGUGUGGCACAUCCACCAGACUAGGCAACGGGUCGGUCAACAGUACACGAUCCACCACAGGCGUGCGGGUAUACCCCAGCACGAGAUCCGCGGCAGCCUUACUUUGAGCAUUGACUUACGUAGGGCCUUCGAUUCCAUCGACCGGUGUCUUAUCGCUAAGUCGUUGGAGUGGGCUGGCGUGCCCACUUCUCUGGUCGAGGUCAUUGUCGGCAUACACGAAGCCAUGCGUGUUAGCUAUGCUUCUUGCUCGGGAGAGGCCCUGUCCACCGCGACAGGACGCGGCCUCCGACAAGGAUGCCGUUUGGCCCCUAUCAUUUGGGCCUGCAUAACUGGCUAUCUGAUGUCCAAACCAGGCCCGUUGCUCGAUCAAGGAGAGCUACGUCCCCUGCUCACUCUGUUCGCAGAUGACACUCUGGGCCAAUGGGAGAUACAAUGCAAAGAGCACCUGUCCAUGGCAUUGACCCAGGUUGCCUUGUUACUCGACUUCUUGAAGGCACACAACCUGUGUGCCAAUACAGAGAAAUCGGUGAUCCUCAUCAAGCUGGCAGGUGCCAAGCAUGUGUCGCUCUGGAACAAGCACACAACGCAUGACCCCGAGCUGGGACUGUGCGCCAGAAUUCCGUGUCAGGGUCAUCAUGUACUGCUCCCUGUCAAGUCCAAGCACAAAUACCUAGGAGUGAUGUUGUCUUAUAACCAUUUGGAACGCGAGACGGCUGCAUAUCGAACACGUUGCGCCCAGGCCAGUUUCGCGAGGAUCCAGGUGGCCACUAGUAGACUUUCUUUGCGCUGCAGGGUUCGCUUGUGGAGGGCAGUGGUGUGGACCACGAUGUGCUACGGCAUUGAUUGCACAGGCCUCGACAUCGUUGGACGCCGUCAGCUUUAUGCCACGGCAGUGCGACACUUGAGGGCUAUGGCCAACUCGCCGUCUCACAUCAGCAGGGAAACCACCUCGGACCUUCUGCUCAGGCUGGAGCUGCCACACCCUGCGGAUAUGCUGCUUGACAAGACAAAGGCCAGACAUGAACGCACUAGUCAAUCACAGGUCUUCGCAUUGCAGCCACAGGGCCUGACACAGGUUUGGGAUGCUGUUCUGAGCUCACUUGAAGUGCCAGGUAGGAAGUCCCCUGCUCCCUCACAACCAGCUGUUGCGGUGACACCGCCGGCUGAGUUGUCUGCUGUGACACAGGAGGACAAUUGCCCACCUGAGCCUGCAGCUGAGAAUGGACCGGAGGACCCGGUAGCAGUGCUACACGCAACACCUGCUGAGGUCACGACACCCACUGAGACGAUACCUCCGGCUCCGAUUGAAACGGGUGCCCAUGCUGACCUGGUGUGUCCUGUCUGUGACUACCAAGCUGCUGACACCACGGCCUUGAGGUACCAUAUGACCUCGAUCCACGGCCUUUCUGAGAGGGAGCUUGCCAUGGCCACAGCUGCACCGUUCAAGUUCGAAGCACAUUCGUACGAUUUCGAGAAGUCGCACUGGCACACUGCCCGCUUUGUCACCUUUGGGGGCCGCGAAUCCGUCACCGAGAGGCCUGUACUGUGCUAUUUGCUGCGCGGCUGCUGGCUGCUCACCACGGCUAUGUUUUCCGAGAUGAGCAUGGAACCCGAGCCAUCGCCUCUGAUGGAGUUCGAGUCGGUGUUCAACCAACCGCUGCCGAGCCCGUUCCCGUCCUUCCGCCACCCGCCGUCGACACACCCGAUGCCGCCAAAGCGAAGAGGGGCUCCGCUAAGCCAAAACCAGAGCCAAAAGCUGAAGCAUCAGGGCAAGGGUCAAGGAGGGCACGGCGGAUAUUGGGGAAAGGGCCCGAACAAGGGCAAAGGAAAGGGCACUCAUCAGACACCGUGGCAGUCGUCUCAGGAUCCCUCGUGGCAGCUGGCACCAACGUCGUGGCAUCCGAGCUAUCCGAGCUACCAAGGCUAUCAGGGCUACUCGGACAUGUAUGUGACACAGCAGGAGAUCCAGCUGCUUCGGCAGCUGCUGGUGCGACACGAGUGGGAGCUAGCAGCUCUUCGUGUGGAUCGAGGGUUCGUUCUCCACAUGAGGUCGGGCCCGGACGGCAUCCUGAGAGAGGUGUUUCAAGCGAGCAAGCUUUGGAACGAGGCGAAGACCCAGGGUACCCUUCAGAAUCUUACAUUGCGCCAGGCUCUCCUCAUGAAGGUCUUCACUGUCCUGAAGGAUCGAAUGGAGCAUAUGAACGAGGGCCACAUCGCCACAGCCCGCAAGCACGGUUGGCUCAGCCGGGACGGCAUGCAAUGGCAGUAUCUGAAGUGGUCACAGACUCACGAGAGCCUCAUCCCGGAGGAUCCAGUUCGACAGGUCCCGCACGACUCCCUGGUGCAGCACAUCACGUCGAUCCUUCGAGCAUUGAACAUGGACCACAUGAUCCACCGCUUUGCAGCGACUCGCAAGCUGACAGAGAAUGUGGAGAACACGAUGCCAUUCCUGUUGCAGAUCUCCCUUCAGGGCCAGACAUCGCACCAACUGUUUCAGGCUCUUCAGGACUUGUGCGGAGCGGGAUGUCUUCAGCUUAUCGGCAUGACAAUGCGUCGCGAGCGACUGGAAUUGCAACCCAUGGCCAAAAAGCUGAAUUGGAGGCUCCUCCCCAGUGGACUUCCCCUCUCCGGUCCUCUGGGAUCAUCGCUGCGAUCCUUGGUUCAGGCUGGCCGGGCAGUUGACGUUUGGUCUGUGCUGCCCUGGAUUAGUGCCACCCGUACCUGGCGGGCACCUAGGAGGCAGCAUGACAUUGCGGAGUUUUUGCUCUACAUGCGUCCACAGCUCAAUGCUUCCUUGAUCGACGGUUCGUGGGGGACUGCGGGGUCCGCGCCUCAUCGUGGCUUGGAGGUUGUGGAUGAUGGCCACACGUGGCCUAUGCUGCUCGCAAAGCCGCUGAUGAUCCCACACCGUGUUCGGAGUGCUCUCCUGAAGCCGCCAAAGUUUUGUGCGAUUCAAGUGGGCCGUUUUGACAGCACGAAUGAUGGAGCUUGCAUUAAGACCGACUUCAAGCUUUGCCUGGAGCCCUUAGUGCACAUUCCUGCUUUUCGCGACAAUCUACAAGAUGUGUACUUCGUUAAGUACUUUGUGAGAGCUUGUGCAGUUCAUCACGGUCCUACACCCGACAGCGGUCACUAUCGCUCAAUUUUGAUGCCACCGAAUGGCGUGCUUGCGCAGUCCUUCUACACUGAUGAUAACGCCACGGCUCGCAAAGUAAAGUCCUCGGAGCUUGUGGGGAUCCAGCAAAACGCAUAUAUCAUUUUCUUGCAGCGCGCCGACUGA